UUAGAGAAGCAGCAGUUGGGGGGUUGUGUCGCCUGUAGUAUAAGCAUUAUAUUUGGGUAGGAAUUGUUUCUAAAUUCAAUUUGAGCAGUAGGUUAUUAACCAACCGGAUGAAGACUUUUGAACGGUGCUGCUGUGUCACAAAUGUUUAGUUUAUGAUUUUUUUUUGUUUUGCCCAUAAUGUGUUUCCACGGGGAGUAUGUUAGAAGAGUUGAACUGAUCUGUAGUGGUUAGAAAGGAAACGAUUUCACCAGCCUAUUAAGACAUAGACUACCUACGUCAAAAAAUGUCAACAGAGCCAGGCAUGUCGGAGUACUCCGGGCAGCAGCACAGUUCAAACUCCCUUGCUAUAUUAUGGUCAGUUUCGGAGCAUUCUCCAGCCAAUGGGAACGAGAAGUGUAAGUGGGAGUCAAACUACAGGUGGCAGUCAAGAGAUAGGGAGCAGCAGGACUACAUGUCUUCUGAGGAAGGAGAUAAGAUUAAGGAGGUGUGCAGCAAAGAAGAUCUUCGUGGUCCUGCAGAAGAAGGUGGCGUGUGUCAUAGAUAUGAUUGCUAUGGCACAGUUGGCAGUGACUCUGACAGGCAAACCAACCAGUCCAUGGGGACAGAACUAAACCAAACCAAUGAAACUGGGGGGUGGCAGGACAAACAGUACACAGAGGAAGAAAUGAACAGAUCAAAUGGAACUCUCUUUUGGCAAAGCAGCUACUCCAAGGAGAAAGGACUGAACAAAUUAAGUGAAAGUGAGGAUUGGCAGGGUGAUCACUCCAUGGAAAAAGAACUGAAUGAAUCAAAUGAAGCCAAACACUACAAGGCCUUUGAUUGUGGCUCUAACAACGAACCUGGUACUGUGGAUGUACAGGAAUGGCAAGAGAGGCAAAUUGGCAAGAAAAAACAUAGGAGAGGCCCUUCAAAAAAGAAAAGACGUUGGAAGCCUUAUUUCAAAUUGUCUUGGGAAGAAAAACAACAGUUAGAAGAGAAGGAAAGCUUGCGGGCUUUUAAGGUGAGAGCUGAGAUGUUUGCCAAAGGGCUCCCUGUUGCUCCUUACAACACCACUCAGUUUCUUAUGGCAGAGCAUGAACACCAGGAGCCUGAUCUGAAGCCUGACCUCCCAAAGAAACUUGCUGUAAAUUCUUACGAUAGUAGUGAUGAGGAAUACCUAUUUGAAGAAGAAGACAGUCUCAGUAGUGAUGGAGUGAGUGGUAAUGGUGUUGAAUUUCAUCAGAAAGACUUUUUUGAGACCUUUGAGAAGUACCAUGCAGAGAGGCUUGAAAACAUGACCAAGCAAGAACUAAUCAGGGAGCACUUAGAGCUGGAAAGGAGCCUUUCCAAGCUGGAGGAAGAGAACAACAGACUGAGGUAUAGGUUGGAGUGCAAACUGCUUGGUAAAAGUGGAGACUUGGGAGGAUAUCAGGAAAGGAGAAGCAGAAAUGUAGAUGUUAAGCACUGAGAACUUAACCAUUAAAAAAAUGCUUAAGUAACAGGAGAAUUUGGUUGCAGACUUAAGAGUACCAAAAUGUAAAAUGUUAUAUAUGUAAAAUAAGAGGUCAUUUAUGAACUUCUUUUGACACAGCAGCCUUGUGUACUUUGGAUGUUAUAUGUGACAUUUUCUUCUGUUCCUCUUGCAGUGAAGAUUUGCUUUCAUACUUGCUUCAGACAAGGUAAACAUUUUUCUGUGUGUCUAUUUUGACAGUUUCUGUAUGUCUGCUUUAGCUAAAACUAAGUCAAACUCCAUCUGGUGUCAUUCUUGUUUUAAAAUGUACAGUAAGAUGUAACAUGGACAUAUUUCAAAGGGAAACCUUUAAACUGUGCAAAUAAAUUUAAGUAUUUGUAAAGUAA